GAGAAUCCGAGCUGUCGUUCUCGGAGGAGGGUAGGACAGUUCUGUUGCACAGCCGACCUCUCUCGUUCUUGGAUAUCGACCGGACAUUUGCAACGAGCUACUCGACCAGCUUCUUGCACCGGCCGGUUGUGCUCCAUGACGACGUCACAAUGUUGAGAAGACCAUCAAUCGCGACCCGACGGUAUACGAGCACAAGAUGAACGGUGAUGCAGGCCUCGUCGCAUGCUUGGUCGAAAGACUCACAGCUAGGCUUCCCCAUCGCACCGGCACUGCGGGACACGGCCUCGACCACGACGAUGUUGCUGUCAUCACGCGCGCGACCCUCGUAAGAAUUAGUGCAACUUCGAUAGCGGCCGUGCUGGAACCGCUGGUCACGCUCCUGCAAGAAUUGGCUCGCCCCUACAAGACGUUCGCGAGCCACCCGCACCACGUCCUCCUGUCAGAGGUCUACAUCUUAUCACUGACCGCCGACUGCUGCACCGCCCACUGGCAAGCCAUCGGCAAUGCCAGCAACGUCGGCGCUUUCGUCGUUCCCGUCCCCGGGACCAAGGGGCUCGAGCCGCUAGACGACGGACUCGUCAGCAGGAUCUUCGACCAUCUCAAGCUCCUCGUGGAGCCGCUGCCGGACAACUAUGUCUUGCCCGCUCGGAUGCUGCUAGACGAGAAGGCUGCCGCUGACAUCUUCGACCCCCGUUUCGGUGACCCGACGUCCAGGGCCACCUCUUCGAACGGGUCCUACGACUCCCGCGAGGGCAGCAGGUCGAUGGGCCAGAACGAUAUCGAGGACGUCGAGCCCUACGUCAAGGUCAUAAUUCAGUUCAUAACCGCCGCAAACUGGCAGGCUUCCUUCGAGUACGCGCGGACUAUCAUCUUCGGCAUUCGGGCUACCGACACCGCCCACGUCCACGCCGGCACAGCCCCGGCGAUGUCCGAAGAGGAGAGGAGCGGCCUGGUCAUGGUCCGCUUCCUCUCCUACACUUGGGUCGACGGCCAGAAGCUCGGAUUCGUCAUACAGGAGCUCGGGUCUAGCUUCCUCCAUUUCCGGAGGACGUACCAGAAUUCGGUGGCCACCGUCAUGGCUAUCUUGAUCAUCCGCUGGAUCGAACACUACCCCGCCGAUUUCGUCAAGAUGCACAACCAACACAGGAAGCUAGAUGGCGGACCCGACACCCUCUUCGACAUGACAAACACCAUGUCCGACGCCGCCAAGAGGCGAUCAACCCUGUACCCCUUGCAGGUGGCCCUGCUCAUGCUUAUCCCCGACGUGUUCGAGGUGGCGAGCAACCUGCGGGAUGCCAAGACCAGCGGCAUGGCCAAGAAGGUCGCCUUUCUCGAGGGGUUGAGGAAGUCGCUCAGGAACAAGAAUGAUUCGGCCGGGUACUGCCUAGUUAGCCUCCUCCGGGCCGCCCGCCAUUUCGACGAGAACGACGACAGCGAUGCUGCCAUUGUGAGCUACGCCAUGGAUGUCCAAGAUGAAGUCCGAGAUGCCGUCUUUCGCCGAUACCAUCCCAACGGGGACGGGGUCCUGUUCGACCAGGACUUGACCACCACGGCGUUCAUCAGUCUCGCCCACCUUAAUUUCGACGUCGAAUCCUUGACGCAGUCGUGCCUUGAUCCUUCCGCGCCCAUAUCUUUCAAGAUCGCAAUUAUCCAAGCCUGCUCCUACUUUGCGAGACAGCCUAACGCUGCCGAAUAUCGCCGCCUGUUUACCGAGGCGGCCGGCUUUAUACAGGCCCAGCUCAAGACGAUGUCUGCGACUUCCGCCGAUAUGUAUAUGGGAGAUCGCCAUUCGAAGCGCAAGGCAUCCGAAACAAGCGCGUCGACGUCCCUGCUGAUAUGCAACACGCUGAACUUUCUCGACGCCUCUCCCACCACCCUCUUCGAUUGCGCUCCGUCAGACCCCGCCGAGGCGAGCCAGUUCUACAAAGAAAUCUUCGAGUCCUUCGCCUCUUGCCUCGUGACGGCAAACGACACCGUGAGGGACCUCGCUAGCUCCGUGGCUAAGAAGCUACUCGCUCCCGAUGGCAUUAUCCCCUCGCUGCGGAAAUCGGAGCUCCUCGACUCGCACAGCUUCAGUAUCAAAUUUUGGAAAUUAACGUCGCUCGUUCUUAUGGAGUUGUGCGAGAAGCAGGCGCAUUACGGUCACGAAGCGUUGCUGCGGUCCAUCCGCGGGUAUCUCGAGUCGCGUCUAUUGCUUCUCAGUUCCAUCCAGGAGCUGUCCGUCGUCACGGAGGACGUCCCGGAACGCACCGCCGCUUCGACGAAACUCGAAACCCUAUUCCUCAUAUCGCUGUGCUCGCCAGACAUCGAAACGUGCCAACUCGUAACGGCUUGCAUGGGGCUCUUCAACGAGGAAUGCCGUCUGUUGGAUUCGAAGGCCGGCGUCGCUAAGACGGCGAAUCUCCUGUUACGAAAUAGCGAGAUCUUCAGCGAAAUCGCCUCCCCCAACUUCAGAUUCACGGGGAUGAUGGCUUUCCAGAAGCGGAUUCGCGGGCUCUUGAGACGUAUGAAGUACCCGAGCUUGGGCAUCCUCGAGGCUUGGGAACUGGCUUUCGACAAGUGGAUCCACCUGUCCAAGGAUGUGUCGACGACGUCCGUGGAGAGCAUCGACGAGAGGAAAUUCUCCGAGUGGAGGAAUUUCUCCGGGUUCCUCGCGUCGCUCGGCGGCAUCUGCACGGCUGAGCAAGCCUACAUCCUCGAGGAGCCUGCCGCUGGUGGUCUUAAAUGGAUCGACCGACUUUCUUCCGAGAACGAUGAGGAAGCCCUCCUCAACAGAUACCUCCGACUCAGCACUCAACUGCUCGAGUGUACCAACCUACGAGUCCGGGAGACCACGCGAGAAGUUCUGUCGAUCGACAUAUCGCCGGCCCUCUACCAGCCCCUAUUCAAGGCCCUCGAGUCGGAGCUCGAGGUGCUCUUUGCCGGCGCCCUCGAAGCGUCCGGCAAAGGCCCGGACGUGGAGAUUAUAUUCGCCGAGCAGGCGGCGUCGUUAUUGAAGUCAUUGGUGGAACGGCUUGAAACACCCUACGAAUUGGGAGCGGCGUCGUCGGUCCACUUCAGCUCGCUCGCCUUGAGCUUUGCCAAGUUCCUCGACGGUGUCGCCGAUAAUGUCGCCAGCUUGCGGGUUAAGAUAAAAAUCUGCCAACUAUGCGAGUCCGUCAACAGGAAAAAGGAGCAUCUAAACCUUCGCGACGAUGUGAGGAAGCGCAACCAGCUCCUCGAAUACAUAUUCAGCUGGAUUGCCCGGCCGCAUUCGCCGCCGUCGGAGGGCGGCUAUUCGCAACUUCGUCAGGACGACGCCACGCGAGUUCAGAGAGACCUCGACAAAGCCUCUCUCCGUUGCCUCGCCGAACUCACGUACAGAUUACCGUUACAGCCAGGAGAUGGCCAGAGCGACGUCGGGACCAGUGAGAUGAAGUCGCAAAUGUUCCGCACCUAUUUCAGCCGAUUUCUUUCGCUGCUAAACCACGAAUCGUCGGACAGUAUUAGAGGGGACGUGGGCUCUUUGGUGAACCGCGACGAGGCCGGAUCGACUGACCUCGCCAUCACCAUCCUCUCUAACCUGUUGAGCGCAAACAUCGACGUCGGCCUGAAAUACUCUCUCAACAUCGGGUACAACGAAAAUAUUGAGAUCCGCACUGCUUUCGUUAAAGUGCUUUAUAACAUCCUGGUGCAAGGGACCGAGUUCAACAACCUCUCCGACAAAGCGGUAAAUGAGAAGUACGACGAGCUGCUUGAGCUUCUAACCCAUGAUAUGAAUCUCGCCGUCGCUAUUAGCACUGUUUGCCCUAGCGGUGACGUCGAGGAACUCACUAUUUCGAUGCUGAAUAUCUUCGAAUCUCGAGGGCUUACCUUCGACCUCAUGGAGGCAUUGAUUAAGCAGGAGAUCGAGGAAACGGAAAAUGAGUCUGAGAUACUCCGUCGUAACUGUGUCGCCACCAAGAUGCUCUCCAUCUACGCGAAGUGGCAGGGCGCUGAUUACCUCAAGGCGACCCUCCAGAAAGUCGUCGAGAGGUUAAUGCUAACCUCGAAGGACCUAGAUCUAGAACUAGAUCCGACGCGGAUAUCGUCCCAAGAAGAGCUGGAGAAGAAUGCUCUGCAACUACGGAUUGUCGCCAAGGUGUUCAUCGACGAUAUCUGUGCAUCUUCCGUCAAUAUACCUCCUUCGUUUAGGAAGAUCUGCAGCAUAAUAUCCGCGGCCGUGACGCCCAGGUUCCAGGAGGCCAAAUACACGGCUGUCGGCGCCUUCAUAUUUCUGAGAUUUUUCUGCCCCGCCAUCGUGGCGCCGGAGGCGGACAAUCUCGUAGACGUGCCGCCGUCUAAGGAGAUGCGACGCGGUCUUCUCCUGAUCGCCAAGGUCAUCCAAAAUUUAGCAAAUAACGUUUUGUUCGGAGCGAAGGAGCCGUACAUGUAUCCCCUAAACAAAUUCUUAGCGCAGAACAUCUACCGCGUUACCACAUUCCUCAGGGAGAUCUCGGUUCCCCCGACUCAGCUUGACGCGCCCCUAGUGGAUGGCGAGCCCUUCGAGUUCGGCUCCUGCGUCGCGCUCCACAGGUUCUUAUACGACCACUGGGACCACGUCCGGCAGCGGCUCAUGUCUCAGGAGAGGCGAGAGCACGUCCGCUCUCCUAACGAGUUGACCCGCGGCCGAUCACCCGUACUGGAGCCAUUGCGGGCUCUCAUAACUAACCUCGGACCGCCGCCCCUAGCGGUGACUUGGAACCGCCCUCAGGUCACCAUGAAUAGCCCUCUCGCUUACUCCAGAUUCCAACAUUUCAUGCUUCGCAAUGCCUUCCGAAGUACCGAUUCUUUUAUGACAUCUCGCGCUAUUUACGACGGCGGCGAGAGUAGGGAUGGACUGUCCGUCAUUUGCGUGAUUCUUCGUCACAUCGAUCAAGAUUCUAUAGACUAUGAUACCCUUUUGUAUUGCUACUUGAAGAUCGCAAGUCGGCUAUGGCACAAACCCUUCGGCAUACUCAUCGACGCGACGUGCUAUGACGGUCAAAACGAGCCACCGGACGAGCUGUUCAAGAAAUUAGAGCUGCUCAGCCCGACCGAGUUGUCUCGGCAGCUAUCUAGGAUUUAUAUCUACAACAUGAAUAGCACUUUUAGGAAAUGCCUUCGACGUGUCCUCCGCGUGGCGACAAAGAGCGAGACGAACUCGCUGAAUCCCGCCAACGUGGAAUACCAACUAUUCGGCAACCUUCCCGAGCUUCAGGCGCAUUUCCAUCUCAGCCAACUUAACCUGCCGAAGGAGACCAUCAGCAUGGUCACCGACACCCGAUACACCUUCCAACCCGUCACGCGGCUCUCUAAGACGAAGGGAAAUAUCGAGGUUCAGCUGAAGGUUGGCGGCCAAUUCGUUCAGGUCACUACUGUGAAGAAACAGGAAGUUCAUCCAGGUUUUCGUCUGAGCGCAGUCGUCAACGAUAUUUUCCGCCUCGCGGACUUAGAUGAGCCGCCGUCCCCCAUCCCCGAAGACGAGACCACCUUUGGGAUACGCGCAGAUAACGGCAAGAUCGUGUUGUAUUUCCAGAGCGCCAAGAAGGCGGACGUGCUUCAGUCUAUCCGGGGGGCCAAAGCCAAGUUGGGGAAGGAUCCCAGGUCCUUGAAGUCGUUCGAUAGGCUCAUCCGGCCCCAGGACGUCCCCGGAACGCUGCUAAACCUCGCGUUGACGAACCUUUCCUCAUCCGACCCCACGCUUCGGGUCGCGUCCUACAAUCUCCUUGGCGCCCUCUGCCGCGCGUUCAAGUUCAAGGCAGCUUCGAAGUUUAUGUGCCUCAAUGACAUCUCCAUCCCGUUGGACCCCACCCAAUUCAUUAUCAACGUCAGCAAGACGCUGGCUCAAGAGGAACCGCAGCUCACGGCCGACUUCUUGAACGAGUUCUUCUCCGGAUGGGAGAGCUUCUCGGAGGACCAGAAGCCGCUAAGCCUGGCCUACAUGGCGCCGUGGAUACCGUGCCUACGCACGUCACUCCUGCCAGACGAAGCCGACAGCGAGAAGGCGAGGGAGAAGAUUGCUUCGAUCUUUAGAAAGCUGAUAGACGUGACGAUGACGGAGCCUUCGCUAGCUCUGACCCUCGAGUACACGGUCUGGCCGGCUAUCUACAAGGAUGAGGUCCUGCUGGACAUCUUCCUCGACGAGAUCGUCAAGGCGGCGAUAGCAAUGGGCCCAUACGACGAGCAUAGCCAGGCAUUGGCGUCGAUCGUGACGGUCAUCGGCACGAUAACACUCCGCGGCAAGAUCAUCUCGAGGCUUCGGAAGGCGCUGAAUAGGUCGUCGCUCCGGCCGACGAAACUCCUCCCCGACAACGCCGUCUGGACUGAGAUUUGCGUCCUGCUUCAGUUCUGCGUCUCCCUCUCGUUCGACUGCGGCGUUCAGUCGCAGCUCUACCUGCCCGAGAUUUUCCACAUAGUUACCAUGUUGUCGAACACCGGCACCUACGAUGUCCGAACGGUAGUCCAUCGGCUACUCAUAAAUUCGAUCCACGCUGCCUGCACCUCGUUCAAACUGGAGGACACGAAAUUGUCGAAGCUUCGUAGCACGCUCGAAAUUCUGUCCGAGCCAAGGGCGGAGGUCCUUUCCGCCCCCGUGGCUGUAGUGCGGGACGGGACCUCGAUCUCGACGACACAAGAGGCGGGACUGUCUCUCUCGGCGACGGAGCACCUGGCCACUCUUCUAUUCGAGACGUGCGCUGUGGCGGCACCGUCCGUCGACAUGGCUAACGCGUGGCGGUCCAGAUGGAUGAGCCUAGUAGCCAGCACCGCGUUCCAGAAUAACCCGGCGAUCCAGCCGCGGGCAUUCACCGUGAUGGGAUGCCUAGCGCGCGAGGAGGUGGACGACGACCUGCUCUACCAGGUCCUCGUAGCACUGCGCAAUAGUGUCGGCCGCUUUGGCGAGGACGGCGGUAGCGACAUGCUCGUCUCGAUAGUCACGUCGCUGUCUAAGAUGAUCUCCAAGCUCACCUCGCCCUCUCGCUACGGCCCACAGCUGUUCUGGCUGGCGAUCUCGCUAAUCCGGCUCGUGCCGAGCGCCCUAUUUAACUGCACGGCGCUGUUCCUCGAGGCUGUGCUGACGAAUAUCGGCACGACGGCCGAGCUGCGGAGCAACAAGAUGUCGCAGCACCUCCUGCAGGGGCGGGCGCAGCUCGAGGAUGCAGCACUCGCGCUCGACGACGCGUACGGGGUUCACUUUUCGCCCGAGCGAUUCCACUUCGCGGUGUGCGUGUGCCUCUCGCGGGGACUGACAGACCCGGCAACGAAGGGGCCGGCGCUGCGGGUGCUGUCGACGCUGCUCGAGAUGACGACGGACAGCUUCGGAGGGCCGGGCGCGGCUGCCGGUUCGCUGCCAGGGUCGUUCCACGCGUCGCCGUACCUAGCGUUGAUCCAGGCGCGCGCCAUCACGCCGGAGGACCUCAAGGAGUGUCUCUGGAGCGCGGGUAUCAAUCCGGUGGGCGUGGCGAACCUGGGGCCGACGCGCAGCCUACGGGACCUCGAGGACGUCAAGGAUAAGGACCUGCUGCUCAACACGGCGAUCACACUCGUCGACUUCCAGGUGCUCGAUGACACAGUGCAGACGCAUACGCUCACGUGGCUAAACGAGUUGGCUACGGGGCGGCCGGCGGUGGUGCUGCAUCUGUGCCCGAAGAUCGCGUCGUUCCUAGACGAAAUCCUGCUGCACGGACAGACGCCGUCUGUGCUGGUAGCGGCGCACGCGCUGCUCCGGACGCUGUCGGCAAACAUCAAGUUCGCGAGCGCGCUGGAGAGCAACGGCGUACUCAACGAGAUCCUCGAGGAUAUGGGGUUCGAGGGGCUGUGGCAAUCGGGCUCGUCGUUUACCAUCACCAGCUUCCAGGACGUCGACAAGCAGUGCUCGGUGCUGACGGAGAAACUAAUCGAGCUCAUAAUUGUCUGAAGAAAGGCGGGCGGGGUGAAGCAUAGCGGGGAUCUUUAUAUUUUAUUUUAAAGGGCGGGUAAGGAGGAAAAAGCCAUGUCGGUGCCGAGGGUGGGCAAGGCGAGGAGCGGGGGAUUGGGAGUGAAUUUCCAAAUCGAAGCAGCGGAGCAAAGAGCCAAGGGGGAUUUCUCACGAUACUUAAUCUCU